GUUCGCUCUCUCUUUGAAAGGUCGUGUGGUGGUAAAGAUGGCUCGGGCUUGGACGAUCACGGGUAUUUUUUUCAACAUUUUUAUCUUGUUUCUGGUCCUAUUUACUUUUACGGAAUCACUAAAUGUCAAUAAGGGGACAUCACGACCCAGAAGGCCCACUGUCGAAAUCCUCACGACAACAACCAAAGCACCGAAGGAUGAUAGCGGCGCCGCUCUUUAUAGAUUCAUUAAUCGGAAUACCGACGCUACAUGUAUUUUGCUGAAGACAGACGGCGUUGUUGAGGUUAACUUUCUACUUCAUGGACUGGAAGAACAAGCCGAUUCCUUUAUCCCAGAAAACGCUAUGGUUACUGGAAACUGUGCCAAAGAAGAUACUGUUAAGAUGAAUAUAGGAUGGACUGGUUAUAGUUUAGCGCUAACAUUUGAUAAGACUCCUGGUGGAGAUCACUGGUACUUGUCCAAUGUCGAACUAACAGUAAGCAUUAUCGAUAAUGAUAAAUUUAAUGGAAUCAAAACUCGAGAUAAUACUCUUAAACUCUACAGCAGUAAAAUGUUGAUACCCACCCCGGUGGGCAAAUCUUACUUGUGCCCUCGCGUGAGUAUUCCUUUGGAAACCGACGAGGCCGAUCAUCCUCCGAAAAAUGUGCAUGGAUCGCUACUCCUGAGGCUGCUUCAGGUCCAGGCUUUUAUGUAUCGCAGUGAAAAUUUCUCUACGCCGUUCGAGUGUAAAUCUCAAAGGAGCUUUAGGAGUGAAACAGCACCAAUUGCAGUGGGCUCAACGCUAGCUAUAGCUGCUUUAGCAACUGUCACAGGAUACGGAGUAUUUAGGUAUUUUAAAGUAAAAAAUGUCCAGUAUAACACCAUGGAAUAAGCGUUUUUUUUUUAAUUUUCUAUUGUAAAUUAAUAUUUCUUAUUACUACUUUAAUUUGUUAGACUUAGAGCAAAUCAAGUAUCGACUCAACGUUAAUUACAUAGCUAUUUAUUAAUUAUUGCUAGAUCUGAUAUUCUAAUAUACUAUAAUAUCUAUAUAAAAUAGCUCAUUCCAAUAUUUUAAGAAAUAAAUCUAGAACGCACUGAACAUAUUUGAUAUUUCGCACAUUUUAUCAACUUUUGUAUUUCUUCCGUAUGCACAAAUUUAUAGCGUAGCAUCUAAGAUAGUUUAAUCGUAAAUAUUGAAGAAACUUUUGUGGCCAAUGUACUUAAAAGAGUAGUUAGUACACCCUGUAUAUAAAAUGGAGAAAGUCCCUGAAGCUCAAAGAUGGAUGGCUUAAAAUUUAGUUUUGUGACAAAUUUAUUGGUGAAAGCAUAAUAAUUGCACUCACCAAAAAUGCCAAGUUUUUCAAUAUAGUUUUAUUAAUUUUAAAUUAAAUGGGCCUUAAAAUACCAAAACUAUAAUAAGGAACAUUAAAAAGAUAAUAAGGAACACUGAAAAGUUAAUAGUAAGGAUGGUAUUUUAAACAAAUUUAAUGAUUUAAUACGUUAUGGUAUUAUUUGUGAGAAUGUUUUAGUAAUUUAUAUAGAGUUUUUAUAUAAAUAAAUUAUUGUACAAAGAGAAAGAAAAUAGGAUUAUGUAUUUAGAAAUAAGAAUUAAUUGUUCUUGCCUAGUAUUUGGAAUUUGUGAUUAAAUCUAUACAAUGAUAAUUUCAGUUUGGCAUAAGCUCAGUUAAUUUUUUUUAAUUUUUUUAAUAAAAUAUGUAAACCCAUGAAUUUUUUGAAGUUCAUAUUAUUAGCAAUUUUAAUCUGUACUUAACCUGAUAAAUUUGUUGCUCAACUAAAUUUUUAUACUGUCGUUUUAUACUGUUUUUCUAAUAUUUUUCUUUGCUCAUAUAUCGGUAGUAUUAUAUACAGGGUUGUCAACAAUUGCUUAAAAAAUAUUUAUCUUAUGGAAUAAAAAUUCUGAAGAAUCAGCUUAUGGAUGUAGCUUAUACAGGGUGUCCCAGAAAUAAGUGCAAGUAUUUUAA